AUUCAUUGCCAUCAAUUAAAAAAAUGGUUGUCAAAAGAAUUGAUAAUUCCGAUUCAAUUUUUUUCCUGGAGAGUCCUGAAAGAGAUAUCCGCAUUGAAAAGUAUUUCAGUGAUAAAUGCUCAAAGUUGAAGAAAAGAAAUGAGGAUAUGAAUGAAGAAAUUAAAUGGAGAAAAACGAGAAUUUCUGAUUAUGGAGAGCAUUUGAAUAUGAGUUUGGAUGAGUUGAAAGAUAAAUUCAAGGCUGUGACACGGAAAAGAGAUACGAUUCGAUUUACGGAACAUUUGAAGAAAAAACAAGAAAAAUUGUAUAAAGAUUUGGAAAGUAUUAAAGAAGAUUCCAAAAAUAAUACGAUUCAUGGAAAUGUUCUUCGGUUUAGAAGAGAAUAUGAAAAUGAAGAUUCGAAAAGAAAACUUGAUGAAAUGAAGAAUACAUUGGAUCAAUUGAAAUCUGAAAAUAAAGCAUGGAAGAUUCUGUCGGAGGAUGUUCAAUGUGAAUCUGAUCUAUGGAAUUUAGUUACAGAGAAACGAAAAUCUAGUUGGUUAACUGAAAAGAAAAUCAACGAAUACAUGAGUAACAUGCAGAAAAAUCUUAGCUCUGCUGUCAAUGAAUUCAACACACUCCGUGGUCAAAUCAGAAAUGAGCUGAAUCCUGAAGAUAAUGAUGAAGAAGAAGCAAAGAUUCGAAAACAAAAUAUGAUGAAAAAACAGAUGGAAAGGAAAUUGGAAAAACUGAAAAUUGAUAAUGCUGAUCUACUGAAAUCUAAUUGUUGAAUUCUUUGGUUUUUUCAAUUACCUGUUGUUGUAUAAAAUGUUUAUAAAAUAAAUGAUUCAACUUU